AUGGCUGCUGCAGCACCAGCUGCCAGCAUGGGAAACAUUCUCGGACUAGGUCACAACGGGAUCAACGUCGGCGACAGCAAAACCCUCUACAACGACGUCACCGUAGCCCUCAUGAAGCUCUGCCCCGUUGCCGACAACUACUGCGUCAAGAAAACCGUCACCUUCCCCGUCUGGAUCAGCGUCCCCGCCGUAUCGUCUCCCUACCGUCGUGUUCGCCAACGCAAGAGCAUCAGCGUCACAGUCCUGGACGCCAAAUGGGGCGGCCGCCAGAAUGUCCACGAUCUCAUGACCAGCACCAUCGCAGCCGCAUUCGAGCGUGGGACCUACGAUCCGGAGAACUGCUUUUCAAGCCAAAUCCCGGGCGAAAAGGACGGGAAAUGGAGGGAUUGCAUGACGACGGACUAUGCAGAGAUAUUUCUGUCGAACAGCUACAAGAUGAAGGUCAGGUUUCAGGGCCCGUCGAGUUGGCAGAAGAACUUGAACUGGGAAUGUAACAGGGAGCUUGAUGAUAUGUACCAGUUCUUGAGGAAGAACUUGCCAUGGAAGGCAGUGACCUAUUGGAUCUAUUGUCUGAAGAAAUAG